AUGCUCAAGGGGCAGAAGAAGAAGAACCUUACAGACAGUGAGUGCAACAGCAUGGUUCAACACCUGCUGUUGCGGUGCACCAAAGCCGGCUCGAUACCCAUGGGAGCGGCGGACGAAGUGUCUCAGUUCCAGCGCAAGACGAGCACAUGUGGACGUAAGCGCCUACACAAGGACCUGCCGAAGCGCAUCCAAGCCAUACCGCAGUCAAGGCGCUACUGUUUUCGCUCGUUUGCCCAUGACCUGGGCAUGCUAAAGUCGACCCUGCACAACUACUUCAAGCGAGGCGUCUUUGCAAAGUACUCUAGUGUCCUCAAGCCUGCAUUAACGGAGUCCAACAAGGUGUGCCGCCUGAAGUGGGCACUCGAUCAUGUUUGUGACCGUGACGGCGCCAAGUACUUUGACGACAUGUACGACACCGUCCACGUAGACGAAAAGUGGUUCUUCAUGAAUCGGGUCCAGAAGAAGCAUCACCUUCUCAAGGUCAUGUUCUUGACGGCUGUUGCCCACCCACGUUGGGACGAGACGUCUGGGAAGUGGUUUGACGGCAAGUUGGGGACGUGGCACUUUACCGAAAUCGUCCCAGCUCAACGCCGGAGCGGUCGGCGUGACGCUGGGACACCGGUCAUGACGACUGUAUCUGUAACUCGUGAGACGUACAAGGCAAUGCUGGUAGACAAAGUCAUACCUGCAAUCCGCGCCAAGUGGCCUGGCGGCGAGACCAAGGCAGUCAAGAUCCAACAAGACAAUGCCCGGCCCCACGUUCCUCCAAGUGAUGUUGAUGUCGUUGCUGCAUGCAAGGCGGAUGGCUGGGACAUGGAAGUGGUGUUUCAACCGCCUAAUUCACCAGACCUCAAUGUCCUGGACCUCGGAUUUUUCCGCGCCAUUCACGCCCUCCAGGCCGAAAAGCACUCGAGUAGUCUUGAGGAGAUUGUGGCUGCCACCGAUGCUGCGUGGGAUGUGGUCAGUACCAAGACACUCAACAAGAACUUUCUCACCCUGCAGAGAUGCCUCCAAGAGAUAGGGGCGCUAAACAUUGUCGAUGAUACGGACGCUGACGAUAACCUCGUCGCGGCUUUAGGUCUUGUAGAGUAA